ACCUUAAACAUUAAUAUUCUCUCUUACAACAUUUCUAAGCACAAAUUAAUUCAAUCCAAUUUAAUCAAUUUCUUCUCCAAUGGCUCAAAACCCCAAAUUCCCCGCUGCUCUCGACGCUGCUCCCCAAAUCCCUUCAGACAUCGAAACUAAUCACGACGAAUUCGAUUACUCCAAACGCUCCCAGUGGCUGCGCGCCGCCGUGCUCGGCGCCAACGACGGCCUGGUCUCGACGGCGUCGCUGAUGAUGGGCGUCGGCGCCGUCAGGAAGGACAUCAAGGUCAUGAUCCUGACGGGCUUCGCCGGCCUGGUUGCCGGAGCUUGUUCCAUGGCCAUCGGAGAAUUUGUGUCCGUUUAUUCCCAGCUGGACAUAGAGUUGGCUCAGAUCAAUAGGGACAAGAAGAGGGCGGCCGCCGGAGUUUCUGUUGAUCCGGCCGCCGCCGCCGCCGGCGAUAAGGAGACUUUGCCAAAUCCGAUGCAGGCAGCGGUGGCGUCGGCGCUGGCUUUCGCGAUGGGCGCGAUUGUGCCGUUGCUGGCGGCGUCGUUUAUCAGGGAGUACAGGGUGAGGAUUGCGGCGGUGGCGGCGGCGGCCGGAGUUGCGCUGGCGGUGUUCGGGUGGCUCGGGGCGGUGCUGGGGAGGGCGCCGGUGGCGAAGUCCUGUGCUAGGGUUUUGAUCGGAGGGUGGACAGCCAUGGCCAUUACAUUUGGGUUAACAAAAUUGAUUGGAUCCAAGGGUCUGUAAUUACAUUUUUAAUUAAUAUUCACAACUAAGUUAUAACUUUAAUUAUGUAUAAAUAAUUUUCGGAAAUGUCUCAAUGUUUUAAAUUAAUUAAUUAUAUAUAUAUAUAUUCGUAUCAUACAUGUUUGUUUGUUGUUAAAAGAAUUAAUUAAUUAAUGUUGCAAUUUUCUUGU